UAGUCCGUCUCUCUUCCAUAUUCCACCAUAUUAACCAUAAACAGUUCAUCAAAAUUCUCUCCAUUCUCUCUUUCUCUCUCAAAAGUUUCCCUCUUUUUUUAUUUAUCUUGUUUAAUAUCGAUGCCAGUGAAUGGGUUCGUCCUCGUCGUCGCUUAAUAAGUCUCCGUUUAGAGCAGACAGUAUGGUUACACCAGAAUCUCCCACGAAAGAUAAUAACUCAGCUCCGAUGACUGUGAAGCCGGAGAAAAACGACGGCGUUUCGAUCAUCUCUGACUUGUUGCAAACCUCUUCUUCUGCCAAGAAAAGCUUCGAAUCGCCAAGAAAGAGUAGAUCGUCUCCGGCGAAUAAUAAUCUUACUCCUGUCAAAUCUCGAUGGUCGUUUUCUUCUUCUAAGAAAAGCUUCGGAAGUAAAGAUGAAACCUUUUUCGAUUCGCAGCAAUGGCUACAAUCCGACUCUGACGAUGAUUUCCACAGCGUAAAUGGCGAUUUCACUCCAUCGCGUGGAAACACUCCUAAGAGCAGCUUCUCAGAUAGGACUCCUCGUAUCCACAACCUUAUAUUCCAAGAGAAGAAGCCUCCUCGAGGCUCUUCUUCUCCAGCGCCACAACCGAGGAGGAAGAAGCUUGGUGAGCUUUUCAGAGACAGUAUAAGAGAAGAACGAGAGGAAAGCUCUGGAAGCUCAUCAGCUCUAAGCUCUCCUUAUCUCUCAGGUGCAAACUCAGGCGAAUUCAACAACGCCACCAUUGAAGACUCUAGUGUGAAGGAAGAGAAGAAGAAGUCUAAUUGGCAGCAUCAUCGUUGCCUUCCUGGUUUCUCUUCAUGUGGUGGAAGUUUCAUGGAGAGGAGGAAGAAGAUGAGCUCUGAAACUGCGGUUGUUGCAGUGAAAUGAGAUGUAGAGAAUAAUCUAUUGUACAUGAAAGAAUGAGAAUGAGAUCUCAGAGUAAAAAAGCUCUGGUGAAUUUUACAGGUAUUUCACUUGGUUGUGAUGAGAAGAAAACGAAUCCGAUAGUUGAAGAGAUGAUGUAAAAAAAAAAAAUGAGAUGUUCUGGUGUGUUGAUGGAAUCUAUGCCUUUUGGAUC